AUGGCAGAUAUUGGUAAAGAUACAAAGGAUCCCUCAAUGGAUACUCUUUCUAUAUCAUCGGACAGGAAAAUUGAUGCAAUAUCUGUUGAUGAAGGUAAAGAAACUGAUUCAUGUCCUGAUUCUGAAGUAGAAAAAAAAAAUGAAGUAAGUGAUGAAUUUGAUGAUGAUGAAGAUGAAAAUGUAUCCUCUGGUAUUGUUAAAAGUUUUGAUCCAAGUAAAGAUUUUUGGGAAAAAAGUUAUUUAGAAAAUUCAUCUUCCCUUAAAUCAUUAAUUUAUGAUGUUGAUGAGGUUACACUUAAAAUUCUUGAUCAACUUUUAAUACCUCAUGCUGUCUCUUAUAUUAAAAUAAAUGGUGUAAAAGAUGCUUUUAGAGUUAUUAAAAAUAUGAAUGUUCGUGGUGCACCAUUAAUAGCAACUGUUGCUAUAUUAUCUUUAGCUGUUGAAUUAGAAAAUCCUGAUCAUGAUUCAUUGAAUAUGGAAGAAUUUGUUUUAUUUAUAAAAGAAAGUUGUGCCUAUCUUCUUAAUUCAAGACCAACAGCUAUUAAUCUUAGAAAUGGACUUAGAGAAAUUGUUGAAUUAGUUGACAAGUGCCUUGAGAAUGGAGAGGUUAAUGUUGAUGAAAUGAGACAUAAAAUUCAACUAGCAGCAUAUAAUUUUUAUACACGUGAAUUUGAAGAAAAUGACGAAUUAUUGAAACAAGCAACAACAUGUGUUGAAGGUAAUAAAGAACCAGGACAUAAAUUUACUGUUAUGACAAUUUGUAAUACUGGAGCUCUUGCUACAAGUAGUCUUGGAACAGCUUUAGGUGUAAUUAGAAAACUUCAUCAAAGAGAACACCUUGAAAUGGUUUAUUGUCUUGAAACAAGACCUUAUAAUCAAGGUAGUCGAUUAACAGCAUUUGAAUUAACACAAGAAAAUAUCCCAUUUACUCUUAUCACAGAUAGUAUGGCUGCCUGGGCUAUGAGAACAAAAAAGAUUGAUGUUAUACUUGUUGGUGCAGAUCAGGUUGCCUUAAAUGGUGAUACUGCCAAUAAAAUUGGUACAUAUAUGUUAUCAAUUCUUGCAGCAUCACAUAAUAUUCCAUUUUAUGUUGUUGUUCCUAUUUCAUCUAUCAAUAAAGAUAUUGAAACAGGAAGGAAAAUUAAAAUAGAAGAAAGACCGGCAAUUGAGAUGUUGUCAUUUAAUGGUCUUUUAACAGCACCAACUACAACAAAUGUCUGGAAUCCUGCUUUUGAUGUUACACCAGCAAAAUUUAUAACAGGCAUUUUAACAGAAAAAGGUUGUUUUAGACCCAAUGAAUUAAAAAGGUCUAUCUUGAAAUUGUAA